CAGGGGAGGGGUCUAACCCGGGGCCGCGAGGGAGGGGUGCCCGUGCGGGGCGCACAGUCUGGCUGGUAGCGGUGGCGUUCCGGGGCCGGUGUGCCCCCCUCUCCCCGGCGGCAGCACGUAGAGAGCUCGAAGCCUUAGUUCCAGCCGUCGGAGAGACCUCGGCCGGCCGGGGAGCUCGACAGCCUCCGCUCCCGCCAACGCUACCCAUCAGGAGGCGUCGCCGGCCAUCGAAGUCUCCCCUGCCUCGGCCAUGGCCUCUCACGGGAAACUGAGGAAGGAGCGGGGGUCGCUGACUGACUAUGAGAAUCAGGUCAAAGAGAUCCGAUGGCAGCUGACAGAGCAGAUCCGGUGCCUGGAAGGCCAGGGGGAGCUUCGGAGGGAGCUGCUUCAGGACCUGGGGGAGUUCAUGCGGCGCAGGGCUGAGGUGGAACUUGAGUAUUCCAAGGGGCUUGAGAAGCUCAGUGAGAGGUUCCUGGCCCGAGGAGGCCGGAUCAGUGGCAAAGACCGAGACCAGAACUUCCGGAAGGAGCCGUCCCUUCUGUCUCCCCUGCACUGCUGGUAUGUGCUGCUGCAGCAGACUCGGCAGGAGAGCCGGGAUCACGGGGCCCUCAGCGAGGUGCUGGCCGGGCCCCUGGCCCAACAACUCAGUCACAUUGGAGAGGACGUGGGGCGGCUGGUGAAGAAGAGUAAAGAUCUGGAACAGCAGUUACAGGAAGAGCUGCUCAAAGUGGUGUCAGAGCUACAGAUGGCCAUGAAAACCUACCAGACGUAUAGAGCAGAGAGCGUGAACUCUGAGGGAAAACUGAGAGAGGCCGAGCGGCAAGAGGAGAAGCGAGCCGGUCGCGGGGAGUUCGGCACCUCACAAGUCGGGGAUGGCCACGGCAGGGGUCCUUCCCGAAGAACCUCCCUCAAGAAGGGCGGGCGCCUAGUAGAGAAGCGCCAAGCCAAGUUCUUAGAACAUAAACUGAAGUGUACCAAGGCCCGGAACGAGUAUCUGCUCAGCUUGGCCAGCGCCAACGCGGCAGUCAGCAACUACUACCUUCGAGACACCGUUGCUAUAGUGGAAUGCAGUGAUCUGGGAUUCCACUUGGCUCUGGGCAAGGUUCUGCGUGGCUACACGGCGGCUGUGACCCGGGCCAAGACCUCCCCUGGUCAGGGCUCCAGCAGAUUGGACGUAGCCCUGGACACCCUGGAUCCAGAAGGAGACAAAAGCAAGGUGCUGGAGUUCCACGCCUCAGCCUUCUGCCCACCUCUCCGAUUUGAAUACCAGCCCUAUGAAGGGGACGAGGUAUCUGAGGUUCAAGUGCCCGUAGAUCUGGAAGAUGAAAUCCUUCCCCGAGCCAAGAAUAUCCAAACCCGCCUGGAUCAACAGAACAUUGAGACUGGGGAGGUCAAUAAGACACUGCAGGCCAGCCUGCAGUCCCUGCUGGAUCAGGCCUCCUCCGAUGAUAGCGAUAUGCUAGAUGCUUUUCAGGCCAGCCCUUCCACCGAAUCGCUCAGGUCCACAGGCUCUGACCCUGGUUUUCGGCAGCUUGCCCGGAGACGCGGCCAGCAGCAGGAGAUGGAAACCUUCUAUAUUCUGAAACUGCAAGAAUACCUGAGCUGCAGAAGCAUCCUCGCCAAACUGCAAGCAAAACAUGAGAAACUACAGGAGGCCAUUUUGAGAGGCAACAAGGAAGCUUGUGAUGAGUCUCGGGCCCGCUGUACCAUGACCAGGUCCCAGAGGAACCGUCGCCCUCGGCCUAGCUCCCAAUACAACCACAAACUCUUUUCGGGAGACAUGCAGAAGUUCAUUCAGAGUUCAGGUCAGGCUGUUCCACUGGUAGUUGAAAGCUGUAUCCGCUUCAUCAAUCUGCACGGUCUUCAGCAUGAGGGCAUUUUCCGAGUACCUGGAGCACAACUCAGGGUUACAGAAAUCCGGAAUGCCUUUGAGAGAGGCGAGGACCCCUUGGUGGAGGGCUACUCGGCCCACGACCUGGACUCCGUGGCCGGUGUCCUGAAGCUCUAUUUCCGUGGCCUGGAGACACCACUUUUCCCAUCAGAGAUGUUUGGGGAGAUGCUGGCUGCUGUGGAGCUAGAGAGCCCUGGAGAAAGGGCAGAACAUGUGAAGAGCAUCCUGAGCCGCCUGCCAGGGCCGGUGCUGGUGGUUCUCCGAUAUCUCUUCACUUUCCUCAAUCAUUUGGCCCAAUAUAGUGACGAAAACAUGAUGGAUCCCUACAAUUUGGCCGUGUGCUUCGGACCCACACUGGUGGUGGUUCCACCUGAGCAAGACCCCGUGGCGGUACAAGGCCGUGUAAACCAGCUAGUUCAGACACUUAUCCUGCAACCCGAACUGGUCUUCCCAACCCCUGCUGCGCUGCCAGGGCCCCUCUAUGAAAAGUGCAUGACCCCACCGAAUGAUGAUUUUGGGGAUACUCAACUGGAUGCCACCGCAGAAGAGAGCGAACAGGACGUGCCCACAGAGACACCAACUAAUAAAGAGGAGACUCCUGUUCCACCCUUUGAGAGCCUUGGAUCGCUCCCAGAGAGUUCUGCCUCGUCCUCAGAGAGCGAGGGCUCUGUGGAGGCUGUGGCUUGCUUUGACUAUGUGGGCCGGACGGCCCAGGAACUCAGUUUCCAACGUGGAGACUUACUUUGGCUGCACACCCGGGCCUCAGGAGAGUGGUGGCGUGGGGAGCGGGCAGGCACCAUGGGACUCAUCCCCCACAAGUACAUCAAGGUGUCUGAGAGGCCAGAGAAUCGAACAGUUUUGCAGGAGGGACAGGGAGAAGGUGAACUGAUCUCCAAAUUAGAGGAUCUCACAGUGGAACCUGUGACUCGCAUGCGAACCAAUUCAGAAGGUGGCUAUGGCAAGGCUUGCGCCUCAUCGAGCAGUGGCAGUCCAGUUGGCAAAUUGACUUCACCUUUUCUGGAUUCUACCAGCCACUCUUUGACUUUGACAACACCUUGCAGACCCGGAACAUCUGGUGACAGACCAGAGCGUCGCAAUACCAUGGAAAUGCCAGGUCCCUCUGGAUAUAAUUGGCGCAUCCCUGCUAUCCUCUCCGAGAAGAAACUGGAGGUUGAUAAGAAUGUCGCUCAGAAGAUGGAGUCAGUCUUUAAAGAGCUCUUGGGGAAGGCCAAUACCUGGCAGGUGAUGAAGACCUCUGACACCCUCUUAAGCUUCCCUGAAGCCACCAGCUCCGCUCCUCACAGCAGGAGGCUCCCAGGACCCAGUAGAACUGGAAAGAACAAGGUUUUCUUCAGAGGUAGUGGGAGCCAAGACUGACCUUGCGCUCCAAACUGCCAUCCACACCGGGCUGAGCACAGAACUCCUGCAUGCGGCUGUUUCUUCAUAGAUUUUGGGACCUCCACUGCGUUUUUCCCUUAACUUUCUAUCCAAACUCUCCUAUCCGUACCCCUUUUCUUUUUCUUCAAACUUGCAAGAAACGUGAAUAAAAUGGAAGGUCCCACUGGGUUAAUCCAUCACUAAA